AUGGAAGCAACCAAAGUGCUGGUGGUGGGCUGCGGAGGACUGGGGAAUGAAGUGGUAAAAAAUCUGAUAUGUCAGAAUGUAAAAAAUAUAACUAUUGUGGAUCACGACACAGUGGAAGUGAGCAAUUUGAGUAGGCAAUUUUUUUUCACAUAUGAUGACAUUGGAAGAAGCAAAGCAGUGGUGAUUGAGGAGAAAAAGGUGGAGUCUUUCGAUACCGAUUUUUUUGAGAAUUUCGAUUUUGUAAUGGGUUGCCUGGACAACAUAAGCAGUAGGAUGUACCUGAAUAAUUUGGUCUUCACUUUGCGGAAGGACGUCAUUUACAUCGAUGGGGGAGUGGAGGGUCUUCGGGGAAGUGUAAAGAUUGUGGACCGGCGCAGCCACUUCGCCUGCGUGCAGUGCACCGUGGGGAAUUACGCCACGGGGGGUGAGCAGCUGUGGGGGAGAAGCGGUGAUGAUGCCGGAGCGGAAGCAGAAGCCAACGCGGAGGCCGAAGUAGAAGCCGAUGCGGAAGCCGAAGCAGAAGCCGGAGCGGAAGCCAACGCGGAGGCCGACGCCGUGCCCGUGUGCUCCAUCGCGGGAAGGCCAACAAACUUCACCCACUGCGUCCUGCACGCCAUGCAUGUAGCAUUUGAGCAAAUCAGGAGAGAAAAACUCAACGUGAACGAUAAAAGCCACGUGUUGUGGAUUCACGAACAAGCCAAAAGGAGAGCUAGCCAAUUUCAAAUCGACCACGAGGACUAUCACGUAACGAGACAGGUAGUUCAAAACACAAUCCCAACUACAAUCAGUACAUUAAUGGUGAUAUCUUCAUUUAUGCUAUCUGAAAUGCACACCGUUGCUUCGCAAAUGCGUAAAGGAAAUCUACACGAGGUGUCCCGUCGUACACACGAUUACAGCGACAUCCUCUACGUUGGGGAAAACGGGUUCUACCUACUCCAUUACAGGAUAUAUAAGAACCAACACUGCAUCAUAUGCAGCAGAAAACGGAUCCGUGUCGUUUUUAAGCGAAGCGAUACAUUUAGUCAGUUUGUUGAAUACCUUAGGAGGAAGUACGGGCUCGAACGAAUCAGCAUUUCCACCGAGUCCUCCAUUUUGUUCAUGGAGGCAAGGUGGUUUGUGGGGAGGGACUACGAACAGAGGCUCCGCGCUACCUUCGCGCAGCUCGUGGAUAGGGGCGAGUUGAAGGAGCGUGACUACCUCAACGUCCAAACGGAGGGGGCGGGGGCCAGCUUCGUUUUCCUCCUCGACUUGGAGUGA